UAGAAACAAAUCAGAUGCCCUAUAGUCCGCGCCGCCCCAGGCAUAUAUUAAGAUUACUGUGGCCGACAUCUUUAACCUAAGCAUUCAUCCUUGAUAAAACAAAUCCCGUUUUUCUUUGAAGCAAUCCUGAAAGCCAUGGCGUUCAAAGGUGUCUAUCAACGCAUAAUUCAUCGCAGAUUCCUUAUCACUGCUAUCUCAUUCUUGAUCAUCGUUUGCGCCAUCCUCAUAAUUGCGUUCAAAUCACAAUCUCUUGCGAUCUAUGACGGCAGAUCGGGAGGAGUAGAUGGGGCUCCCUCAAGGUCAAAUCCACUGGACUGGGUAGUCUUACCAGCAGACUACCCCAAUAACAUUGGACUGUCAACCCACAAGGUGCUUUUCGCUGUCGCAGGUCUCAGCCUGGUCAUGGCUGUGUGCACGUCAACCGCAGAAAUCUUCACUUUUCGAAGGCGCAAACCCGUAAAGCUUGUAAGAUGUGAACAAAUUAUCAUCAUCACCCUACUCGGCAUAGUUGCCAUCUGCGCGUUGACAGCCAUAAUCUACACCUUUGUUCGACAUAGCAAGAGCGCACACUUUUACCAGGACACCUACGAAGUGGGAAGGCUUGUCCACGAUCCUCAAAAUAUAUCGAACGUCGUCACGGCCCACGAAAUCAUGUUCGCCUAUGAACUUGACACUUUCGAUCUGGGGACUUGGGCGUGUGAGACAAAAGAUCAAACAUCAUUCCUAGCCACAUAUAAUCUCCCAUCAUUGAAGAAACAAUGUGCUCUGGAGACUGCCUGCCUUGUACUGCCGAUACUCUUAUUUCUCUUGUGCUUCCUGCUAGCUGGAGCUGCUUGGUCGGAUAUGAGAACAACGAAAUUGGUCUUCACGGAAUACAAGUUGACCCAGUUGGACGAUGAUGAUUACGAUGACGACUAUUGAAGCUAGAAAAGUCUACAGAUCAUCAUCUUCACUACUUGGUAUUCAAGCAGGAAACAAUGUUAGUCAUC